CCCUCGCUCACAGGCCCACUCCAACUGUCGUUCUUUAUUCAAGUCGGCAACAAUUCCAGAUCCUCCGCAGUUCCCUUACUCAUCUGAUCUCUCAAUUCUUUCUCUCUCCCUCACUCUCAGAGGUAGCUGCCGUUGUAUUCCGUUUGCUGCUGCCGAUCUGCAGGUUUCAUGCCCUUUCAGAGGUUUUUGCUCGACAUUAAAAUUCACGCAGAUGAGCCACUCAGGACUACGUCUAUAGAUCAAACAACAUGAGCACAAUGGCAGCAGUGACAACUUCGCAGCUUUCAAGCUUCUCUGCCAUGAAUCGUCAGCUCCGCCUCUCAAGACGUUCACUCCUUUGCCCAACCACUGCUCGUCCCAAGUCUUUGUCGCUUACUGUCAUGAGCAUUGAAGGGGGUUCCAAGGCCAAGAAUAGUUUGAGUUACACAAGCGAUGCACCAAAAGCAAAGUCGGAUCCCAUUUUAGAUGACGAACAUGUUGCUCAACCAAAAAGAGCGGCCAAGAUUCAUGAUUUCUGUUUUGGGAUUCCAUUUGGGGGGAUUGUUCUAGGUGGUGGACUUAUUGGAUUUAUCUUUUCCAGAAAUCCUGCCACAUUGAGCACUGGCGUCCUGUUUGGUGGAGCUUUGCUAGCCCUUAGCACCAUUAGCUUAAAGAUAUGGAGGCAGGGAAAGUCCAGUUUACCGUUCAUUCUAGGACAAGCAGCUUUGGCGGUAGCCCUCCUGUGGAAGAACUUACAGACGUACGCCUUGACGAAGAAAGUAUUUCCAACAGGCUUUUAUGCUGCCAUUAGUGCUGCAAUGUUAUGCUUCUAUUCAUAUGUCGUCCUCUCUGGAGGAAAUCCACCACCGAAGAAGUUGAAGCCAUCUGCAAGCGCUGCGUCGUGAUAGAAACUACCCGAAAGGCCUAAUUAGGAAUUAAGGUUAUAAACUUUGUAUGACGGACUUUUGUAUUGUCUAUACGAACUAGAGGUGUUUUCUGAUGAAUAAGAGUGUCAAAUUUCAAGUACUGUUUAUGUUGGGGCUGAUAAAAUAGCAUGGCGGAGGCUUGGAAUGUUAAAUCUG